GAGUCGACCAUGGGCGGCUGGCUGUGUGAGUCAAGAGUCCACGUAGGAUCCAUCUUCAUGAGAUGUGAUGCCAUGGCAGCUUCAUCAUCCAUCCAUGGCUCUGCAACCCUCCUUGUUCCUCCUCCUCCUCCUCCUCCUCCUCCUCCUCUUCCCCUUUGUAAAGCUUUCUCAGGGGAUCCCCACUCGCUGCUCCACUGACUCCAACUACACAACCCCAAGCGCCUUCGCCACCAACCUCGCCCUCCUCCUCCCAGACCUCAUCGCCACCACUACCAACUCCUCCAUCCUCUUCUCCACUGCCUCCAGAGGUUCCACCUACGGCCUGGCCCAAUGCCGGCUCGGCUCAUCCCCCUCCGACUGCACCUCCUGUCUCACCAUCUCCGCCACCAACUUCAGUACCUUCUGCCCCUCGGCAGGUCCGCCGGCAUCCGUUACGAUGCCUGUCUCCUCCGCUACUCCGACACUCGCUUCUUCUCCCAGCUCUCCAACGAUAGUUUCGAAUCCCGAACAAACGGCCAAGUGGCUACGGAUCCGGUCGGUUUCGGCCGCCGUGUAAUCGAUCUAAUGAACGAGAUCUCAUCAAAGGCCCCGAGAACCCCAGCUAGAUUUGCGGCAGGCACCACCAACUUCUCCGGUGGUAUAUACGGUAUGGUUCAGUGUACUGCCGAUCUCUCAGUCGAUGAUUGUGAGAAAUGCUUGAAUGGUACUCUCAAUGUUUUUCGAGGCUUUCCUUAUGGAAGAGUUGGGAGCAUGGUUGCUAGUUUGAGCUGCAUCGCCCGGUACGAGACCUAUCUUUUCUUCUCUCUUUCACUGCUGUCAGCGCCAUCGCCAUCGCCAUCGCUGCCUCCCUCAUCAUCUGGGGUAAAUGAUGCGAUCCUAAACUCCGGUAGUGGUGGAAAAAAUAGCAAUACUACGACCAUUGUUCUUGUUGUUGUUUUCGUGGUGGUUGCCGGAAUUGUUUUCUUCUCUGGUGUUUGUAUUUAUUUGAGGAGGAGGAGAAGGAGGAGGAGAAGCAGGAGGAAACCAAUCAGACAGUCGCCAGAUGGAGGAGAUGAAUCAGAAUUUGUGAGUGAUGAAUCUAUAGUGUUUGAUUUGGCAACUCUCCGAGAUGCUACAAGUGACUUUUCCGAGGAGAAUAAGCUUGGAACAGGUGGAUUUGGUGUAGUUUAUAAGGGAGUGUUAAGAGAUGGGAAAGAAAUAGCUGUUAAACGGCUUUCAGCGACAUCAAGGCAAGGAUUUGUGGAAUUGAAGAAUGAGGUGAUUUUGGUUGCUAAGCUUCAGCACAGACACCUUGUAAGGCUGCUGGGUUGUUGCUUAGAACAGCAGGAGAAGCUUCUUAUCUAUGAGUACCUACUUAACGCAAGCCUGGACAAAUUUUUGUUUGAUCCCGGAAGAUGUCAACAACUCGAUUGGGCAAGGCGGUACAAGAUCAUUGAAGGCAUAAGUGGAGGGCUUCUAUAUCUUCAUGAAGAUUCCCGCCUUAGAAUUAUUCAUCGUGACCUGAAAGCAGGAAACAUCUUGUUAGAUGGAGACAUGAACCCUAAGAUUUCUGACUUUGGCUUUGCAAAGCUUUUUGAUAUAGAUGAAACAGAAGGAAACACUAAUCGAAUCGCUGGGACAUAUGGAUACAUGGCACCAGAAUAUGCAAUGCAUGGGCAUUUCUCAGUUAAAUCAGAUGUUUACAGUUAUGGUGUUAUAGUCUUGGAGAUUGUGACUGGUCGAAGGAGCAGUGGCUAUGAAGAAUCUGCGAAUGCUGCUCACCUUCUAAGCUAUGCAUGGCGGCUUUGGAACGAAGGAAGGGCAUUAGAGUUGAAGGACUCCAGUCUAGGUGAUAGAAUCCAGGCUGAUGAAGUGCUGAGAUGCAUCCAUAUUGGUUUGCUUUGCGUCCAGGAAGACCCAAAAGACAGGCCUACAAUGGGAACAGUGGUUCUCAUGCUCAGGAGUUACUCAUUUCCUCUUCCAAAACCUUCUACUCCUGCAUUUUUCAUUCGAAACCGCACAAGCAAUCAGCCAAAUGUGGAUUUGAGAGACAUGGAUCUUAAUCAGGUCAACAAUAGACAAUGUAAUCAAGAACAGAGGCACCCGACGGUUGAUUCUGUAAAUAAUCUCUCUAUUACUCAACUAGAAGGACGAUAAUAGCAGGGAGGUAUGAAUGCUUUUCAUGAGUCUGACAGAUUUGCCCAGUAAAAUGUUUUAAGUGUGAAAAGUUUUACUUUGAUGCAAAUAUAUUCUGUUGAAUUCUGUAACAAUUUAUUGAGAAUUUUUGUGUGUUACUCUUUUAUAAUGCAUAUAAAUGAUUCAAGAUUGC